UGCGGUGCGAAAGAGUCGGUCCCGAAGCGGAAGUGCUUCUCGGGGACAGUUGUAACGGUGGCCUCUGCAGCGAACAGGAAAUCUGAUGUCAAGAGAGACAGAGAGAGAGAGGUUGAGGGGCGAGUACAAGGGGUCUUGGGCUGAGUGAUGGGGAGUUCUUGGGAAUGAGCGAAGGGGUUGUGGGUGUCAUUGAUGUGGGGGUUUGUGGAGCGAGUGAUGGAGGAUUGAGCGGUCAGUGAGUGGGAAGAUCUGUGGGCUCAAUGGUAGACAAAGUUAGGGGAAUAGUCAGGAUUGAAUAGGGCCUACUGACUUCUGAAUUUUACACAUUUUCUAGCAGAGUGACCUGCGCUAAGGGUUCAGCCACACUCCCAAGCCGCAGGCCCCUCCUUAGACACCCCUUGCCACGCCUCCCUGGCUCUCCCUCUGCCCCCUCCUCCUGACCCAGCCGGGAGCGGGGGAAAUCUAGUGUGAAAGCGCCAGCUGAAGUGAAUCUGCACCUCAGGCCCUCCAUCCAGCUCCUGGGCAACACGGCGUCUGUGAGUAGAGAAGGAAGAAGAAGCACCUGAGAGGACUCACCUCACUAGCGGCCCGGUCCAGAGUUAGGGGCCUGGGAUGGGUGAGCUGGGCCUGGUGCCAGGGGCUCUCAGGGAGGUCGGGAUUAAAACUUCAUUAAGAGAGAAUGAAGUUCUGGUACAUGCUACUAAAUGGAUGAACCUUGAAGACAUCAUGUUGAGUGAAAUCAGACACAAAGGAACAGAUAUUUGCAGCUUUCACCCAUCUCUUCCCUUUCCCAAGAAGAACAAGAAAUGGCCAAAUCCCAGGUCUUGCCUGGUGUUGUUGGAGGGACUCCUGUUCAAUCUGGGGGAAGAAAGAGACUACCUGGUCUGCCUUCUGUUGCAAGAAGUCUGUCAAGUUGAUGAACAGAUUGCGAAGGAGCACCAGGAUAAUCAAGAUAAACAUUUAUUGAUGCAAGUUGGGUUCCCUGACAGGAAAACGACUACCACCAAGACUGGUCUUGAAUGUAAUGAAUUUGGAGACACAGUUCAUCUGAGUACAAAUCUUGUUUCUUCAGUACAAAGACUCCAUAAAGAUGAAUCAUUUGGAAAUAAUGUGGCAGAUAAUUUAGACUUAUUUAGUAGAAGCUCUGCAGUAAAGAAAUAUGAUAAUGGAUGUACAAAGUUAUUCUUCCAUACUGAGUAUGAGAAAACAAGUUCUGGCAUGAAAUCCUAUGGAUAUAAAGAAUGUGGGAAAGCCCUCAGGCGAAAGAAAGGUCUUAGCUUACAUCAGAGAAUUAAAAAUGGUGAGAAACCUUUUGAAUGUACUGCAUGUAGGAAAACCUUCAGCAAGAAGUCACACCUCAUUGUACAUUGGAGAACUCAUACAGGAGAAAAACCCUUUGGAUGUACUGAAUGCGGAAAAGCCUUUAGCCAAAAAUCUCAGCUCAUUAUACACCUGAGAACUCAUACAGGUGAGAGACCCUUUGAGUGCCCUGAAUGUGGGAAAGCCUUCAGAGAGAAGUCAACUGUCAUCAUACAUUACAGGACUCAUACAGGAGAGAAACCUUAUGAAUGUAAUGAAUGUGGGAAAGCUUUCACUCAGAAGUCAAACCUCAUUGUCCAUCAGAAAACUCAUACAGGAGAAAAAAACUAUGAAUGUACUAAAUGUGGGGAAUCUUUUGUACAGAAGCUUGACCUAAUUAUACAUCAUAGUACUCAUACAGGAAAGAAGCCCCAUGAAUGUAAUGAGUGUAAAAAAACUUUCAGUGAUAAAUCAACCCUCAUUAUACAUCAGAGAACUCAUACAGGAGAGAAACCUCAUAAAUGUACUGAAUGUGGGAAGUCCUUCAAUGAGAAGUCAACUCUCAUUGUGCAUCAGAGAACUCAUACAGGAGAGAAGCCCUAUGAAUGUGAUGUAUGUGGAAAAACCUUCACCCAAAAGUCAAACCUCGGUGUACAUCAGAGAACUCAUUCAGGAGAGAAACCCUUUGAAUGUAAUGAAUGUGAGAAAGCGUUCUCUCAGAAGUCUUAUCUCAUGUUACAUCAGAGAGGUCACACUGGAGAGAAACCCUAUGAGUGCAAUGAAUGUGAAAAAGCUUUCUCUCAAAAAUCAUAUCUCAUCAUACAUCAAAGAACUCAUACAGAAGAAAAACCCUAUAAAUGUAAUGAAUGUGGCAAAGCCUUCAGAGAAAAGUCAAAGCUCAUUAUACAUCAGAGAAUUCAUACAGGAGAGAAACCCUAUGAAUGUCCUGUAUGUUGGAAAGCUUUCAGCCAGAAGUCACAGCUCAUAAUACAUCAGAGAACACACACAGGAGAAAAACCCUAUGCAUGCACAGAGUGUGGUAAAGCCUUCAGAGAAAAAUCAACAUUCACUGUACACCAGAGAACUCAUACAGGAGAGAAACCCUAUAAGUGUACAGAAUGUGGGAAAGCCUUUACCCAAAAAUCAAACCUUAUUGUACAUCAGAGAACCCAUACAGGAAAGAAAGCCCAUAGGAAAGGCCACACUCGGAAGUCAAAGUUCAUCACACAUUAGAGAGUAAAUCAACCAUGUCUGUUAUGCACACUGAAGGAAAGUUUUGCCAAUUUAAUUAACAUUUUAAACAUGUGACUUCUGAUUUAAAUAGGGGGGAAUAAAGUCAGUCUUUCCCCUUUUCAUCUCAGUUUUCACCCAAAAAGCUAUAGGGAGAAAAAGAAUGAGAAGGGUAAUUUCUAUAUCUGACUUAGGAGAUAGCUGAAACCCUGAUGAGAGGGCUGCCAGAGUCAUAUGAAAUCAAGUACCAGUGCAGGGGAUUUCAGAGAGAAAAUCCUCAAGGCUGCAGAUGAGUCAGCACUGGUUAGGACUCUUGUCUGAGGUUCAGGAUACACUUGGAGGUGCAAAACCACAUAUAUCAACAAUGGUAGCAGAGUGCAUGGGCAGGUAGGAUGUUUUCUAGACCCAUUUGGGGUCUGAGGAGAAACAGGCAGGGGCCUUGACAAGGAGUCACUCAGUCAAGCCAUAUUUGCAGAAAGUAGUUUGUACAGUUGGAGAGAGUGGGGGGGGAUAGAAAAGGGAAUUUUCCUUGUGAA